UUUGCUUGGAUGACGGCCUACAUUCGGAUGCUCAAACCACUCGCCACGAGCCGGAGGAUUUGGGCCGUACUACCUUCACCAGUCCUCACGCUCAGACUUUCGACUCUGAAGACCUUUUGCAAUUGCAAGACCUACGGAGCACCAAAUAUAUCGAUUGUGCUACAAUACCCGGUCACCCUCAAGCUGUCGGUUCUGGAAAUAACAUUAGGACUGAAGACCUUCCAGGCAAUGAAGCUAUCGAUCCCGCAAUCCUGAGCGAUCAUGACUGCCAUGAUUCUGAGUAUAUCCAAGCAACGGAGAAUAUCAUCGGUAUCGCAACACAUCUGGACGAAUGUCCCUCGAAUUGCUUUCGCUUCCCGAAUCAAGACCUGUCUUUCCGGCGCAGACGACAUAAUCUAAAGAAGACGGUAUAUCAUGAUCGCCAGUCCAAAGUAAAGAAAUGUUCACGUACAGGGAAGAGACAUACAAACAAUGGUUCCUGUUGGUCCACUAGAGGGCCUGGUCAUGGAAAGAGUAUUUCAUCUCCUGCCGUGCCCAAUUCUCGGCCGUUUU